AAAUCCAAAAUGAAGAGAAGGUUUGAGAGUAUAUCUGAAGGCAUCAUAAGAACAGGGACACAAACACUCCUGAACAAGAUCUACACAGAGCUCUACAUCACUGAGGGAGAAAGUGAAGACGUGAAUAACGAACAUGAAGUUUGGCAGGUAGAAGCAGCAUCCAGACCACAAACUACAGACGACACAGCCAUCAACUGUAAUGACAUUUUCAAGCCAUUAACAGGACAGGACAAAUGCACCAGGACUGUCAUGACCAAAGGGAUUGCUGGCAUCGGAAAAACAGUGUCAGUACAGAAAUUCAUCCUUGACUGGGCAGAAGAGAAUGAUAAUCAGGAUGUGGAUUUCAUGUUUGUGCUUCCAUUUCGAGAGCUGAACUUGAUUAAAGAUCAUCAGUACAGUCUUCAUAGGCUCCUGCUUGACUUCCACUCUGAGCUGAUUGAGUUGGAAAAUAGUGAGUACAAAGAUUGCAACAUCAUAUUCAUCUUUGAUGGUCUGGAUGAGAGUCGACUUCCACUGAAUUUUCAAAAGAACCAGCAGUUGUCAGAUGUAACAGAACUGUCACCCGUGGAUGUGCUGAUGACAAGCCUCAUUCAAGGAGCCCUGCUUCCCUCGGCUCGAAUCUGGAUAACCUCCAGACCAGCAGCAGCCAGUCAGGUCCCUUCCCAGUGUGUGGAUCUGGUGACAGAAAUACGAGGGUUCAGUGACCCACAGAAGGAAGAGUACUUCAGGAAGAGGAUCAGUGACUACAGUCUAGCCGACAGACUCAUCACACACAUUAAAGCAUCCAGAAGCCUCUUCAUUAUGUGCCACAUGCCAGUCUUCUGUUGGAUCACCGCCACUGUCCUUCAGCAGAUACUGGAAGAAGAAGAUGGGAGGGAAGCCCCUAAAACCCUGACAGAGAUGUUCAUACACUUCCUGCUCAUCCAGACCACCAGGAAGCACCAGAAGUAUCAAGAGGAAACUGAAGCAGAUAGCCAGAGGCUUCUGGAGUCCCACAAGAGUGUCAUUCUGAAACUGGCGGAGCUGGCUUUCACACACCUGGAGAAUGGCAACCUCAUGUUCUAUGAAGAAGACCUGAGACAGUGUGGCAUUGAUGUCAGUGAAGCAUCAGUGUACUCCGGCAUGUGCACUGAGAUUUUCAGGGAGGAAUGUGUGUUUGAACACCAGAAGGUUUACUGCUUUGUCCACCUGAGCAUCCAAGAGUUUCUGGCUGCUUUGCAUGUGUUCUCAUCUUAUCUUAAUAAGAAUGUGGAGGUCUUGGGACAGUUUGUGAAAAGAAAUGCCAGAAUAGCAAAAACACCACUUGAUGAGCUGUUGAAGAGUGCAGUGAACAAAGCUUUGGAAAGCAAGAAUGGACAUCUUGAUUUGUUUGUUCGUUUCCUUCAUGGAAUUUCCCUGCCGUCAAAUCAUGGACUCCUGCUUGGCCUCUUGACUCAUACCCACAGCAGCCCAGGGAGUUUGAAGAAAACAAUCAAGAACCUGAAGGUGAUGCAGAGACCAAACAUCUCCCCUGAGAGGUGCAUCAAUCUCUUCCACUGCCUGGUUGAAAUGCAUGACUCGUCUGUCCAUGAUGAAAUACACGCUUACCUCAAGGCAGAGAAGGGAUCAGUCAAACAGCUUUCACUGGCUCACUGCUCUGCCUUGGCACAUGUGCUUCUGAUGUCUGACGGGGUGAUGGAUGAGUUUGAUAUAAGAAAAUACAAAUCCUCUCCAGAGGGUAUCAGGAGACUAGUCCCAGUUAUACGAUGCUGCAGAAAAGCUGUACUUUCUGGCUGGAAGCUAACAGAGGCAUCCUGUGAGACUGUGGUCUCAGCUCUGCAGUCUGCAAACUCUCCCUUAAGAGAGCUGGACCUGAGUCAGACUCACCUGCAGAAUUUAUUACAGAAGUUAUUGUCUGCUCUUCAGAGUCCACACUGUAAACUGGAGACAUUGAGACUGUCUGGUUGUCAGCUCACUGGUAAAUCCUGUGAGGUUGUGGCCAAUGCUCUGCAAUCAGCAAACACCCUGCUGGAGAUGGACCUGAGUAAAAAUGCCUUGGGAGAUUCUGGGGUUGAAUUCAUCUCUAAGGGACUGUCUAGUCCUCACUGUAAGCUGCAGACAUUAAGACUAUCUGGCUGUCAGCUCACUGAUAAAUCCUGUGAGUUUGUGGCCAAUGCUCUGCAGUCAGCAAACCCCCUGCUGGAGAUGGACUUGAGUAAAAAUGCCUUGGGAGAUUCUGGAGUUGAAUUCAUCUGUAAGGGACUGUCUAGUCCUCACUGUAAGCUGCAGACAUUAAGACUAUCUGGUUGUCAGCUCACUGAUAAAUCCUGUGAGUUUGUGGCCAAUGCUCUGCAAUCAGCAAACACCCUGCUGGAGAUGGACCUGAGUAACAAUGCCUUGGGAGAUUCAGGAGUUGAAUUCAUCUGUAAGGGACUGUCUAGUCCUCACUGUAAGCUGCAGACAUUAAGACUAUCUGGUUGUCAGCUCACUGAUAAAUCCUGUGAGUUUGUGGCCAAUGCUCUACAAUCAGCAAACACCCUGCUGGAGAUGGAUCUGAGUAACAGUGCCUUGGGAGAUUCUGGAGUUGAAUUCAUCUGUAGGGGACUGUCUAGUCCUCACUGUAAGCUGCAGACAUUAAGGCUCAACCGGUGUGACCUCUCCAAAGCCAGCUGUGACAUGAUGUCAUCAGUGCUGCAGCGGCCAUCUUACCCUCUGCGAGAACUGGACAUGAGUGACAACGACCUGCAGGACGGAGGAGUGGAGCUGCUCUGUGUGGGACUGAGACAUCCACAAUGCAGACUCGAGACACUCAGGUUGUCUGUUUGUCAGAUCUCAUCCAAGGGUUGUUCUUUCCUGGCGUCUGCCCUCAAAUCAAACCCCUCCUACCUAAAGGAGCUUGAUCUUACCUACAACCACCCUGGAGACUCGGGUGUCAGAGAGCUCACAGACAGACUGAAUGAACCCAGCUGUAAACUAGAGACUCUCAGGUUUGAUCAUGGAGGAGAAUGCAGAAUGAAAGCAGGACCUAGGAAAUAUGCCUUUGAGGUCUCACUGGACCCAAAUACAGCGCACAGACGCAUCUCUCUCUCUGAGGGGAACAGGAAGGUGACAUGUAUGAAGCAGCAGCAGCAGUAUCCUGACCACCCAGACAGAUUUGACUCCUGUCCUCAGGUGCUGUGUAGAGAGGGCCUGUCUGGACGCUGCUACUGGGAGGCUGAGUGGAGUGGUGAUGGGGCUGCUAUAGCAGUGUCAUAUAAAAGCAUCCAGAGGAAAGAAGAGGGGAAUGAGAGCAGUUUUGGAUGGAAUGACAAGUCCUGGAGUCUGGGGUGCCGUAGUAACAGUUACACUGCACGUCACAAUAAUAAGAGUACUGGCAUACCCGCCCCCUCCCCCCGCUCCAGAAGAGUAGGAGUCUACCUGGACUGGCCAGCAGGCACUCUGUCCUUCUACAGCGUCUCCUCUGACACACUCACCCACCUGCACACGUUCCACUCCACAUUCACUCAGCCCCUCUAUCCUGGGUUUAGGGUUGGCUCCUCAGUGUCCCUGUGCCAGAUCACAUGAGCUCCUCAUCCUACAGGACACACACACACACACACACACACACACACACACACACACACACACACACACACACACACACACACACACACACACACACACACACACACACACACACACACACACACACCUGUAUCACUCACUCACUCACUCUCUCACUACUCACACUGACACUCACACAAUCUUACUUGGGUCCCUGUGCCAGAUCACAUGAGCUCCUCCACACACCGCUAUGACACAUGCACACGCACAGACACACUUACACACACAUAAAC